AUGGGGGAAGGCAGUGAUGCUCAAGAUAUUGGAAACCGAUUUACAGGUUUUAGUCGGAUGGAUCCAUCAAAAAAGUACAAGAAGGGUCGGAGGAAAUUAUUGGUGGGAACUUGGAAUGUGCAGGGAUGGGCAAAUAAGGCACUGGAGAUCACACAACAAUUCCAUAGAAUGAACUUGGACGUACUGGUGACUAGCGAGAUGAAGAAGAAGGGAAGUGGCUGUGAGGAGGUGGAAGGGACAUUGCUGUUCUGGAGUGGGGUGGAUAAGGACCAAAGAGCCAAAGCUGGAGUAGGUAUACUUAUUAGAAAGCAACUGAAGAGGUUUAUAAAAUCUUGGAAACCGGUUAAUGAAAGAAUUAUUAAAGUUGAGCUAGAAAUGUAUGGUAGAGAAAUAAUUAUUCUGGGAGUUCAUGGUCCAACCAACGACAGUCAAGUGCAAGACAAAGAAAAUUUUUCUGAAUGUUUGAGGGUCAAUGUGGAAGAAAUGAAGGGCCGAAAGGAAAUCAUAUUGGCAGGUGAUCUCAAUGGCAGAACUGGCAGAAGGAUUGGAGAUACAGUUGUGGGUUGUUUUGGAGAGGAGAGUAUAAAUGAUAGUGGUGAGAGAUUGAUUGAGCCAUGUGAACUGCAGAGUUUGAGAGUGCUCAAUGGAUUCUAUAGGCAUAAAGAGAUCCACAAAUUCACAUGGACACAAGAGAAUCGGGGUCUCAAAUCAAUUAUUGAUUAUAUGAUAAUGAGGCAAAAAACAACAAUACUGGUGAAAGAUGUCCGGGUGAAAAGGGGUACAGAAUGCGGGUCUGUUCACAGGAUGGUUAUAGCCAAACUGGAGUUCCCCUGGAAUGGCAACAGAAGGGAAAACAGGCAAGAUGGUGAAUCUAAUGUUAAAGAAAGCAAAACUCCGGAAGUAAAGCUGAAAAAAUAUCACCUUGAACUACUCCAGGAGGAGAGAAUAAGAGCGCUUUAUCAGAGUAGGUUGGAUCAAAGGUUGGAGGAAUUUUCAUUUGAUAGUCCAGAGGACACCUACGAGACCACUUAA